CAAACCACAAAGAAAUAGGCAUUACAUCAUUACUAACGACCAAUUACAAUAUUUUAUUAUUUGAGCAGUGUGAAAUAUGUCUAAUUUUUAACUCCAUUAUCAUCCCUUGUUGCAAGAGAAAAAAAGCCAUAAAGUACAUCACUUUAGCAUAUUUGCUCUGACAGGCCAUCCUUCACUAUUUAGAUUCAAAUUCAUAACUGUUUCCCAAUGUUUUACUUUAUCUGACUAUGACAUGAAAUUUCAUCAUACAUAAAAAAAUUAUAACAUCAAUCAUUGAUGUAAUUAUGGAUUGUAUUAGAAUAAACACUUCAACUUACAGAUAAUACUUUGUUCAUAAAAGAAAUUUUUAGACGGGAGGGGAUCAGUCUCACAGUCAGAAUGAAAGUGUUAACGUUUAUCACACUGUGUAUACAGUGUGUAUUAUCGUUUAGUCCAUAUAAGAAAAUUGAAUAUUACCAAGUUUCAGGACAAGAUUAUGGCGAGCCAGUGUUUCUGACAAAAUAUUUGGAAAAGCAUGAUGUUGAGGGAGCAAGAGAAGCUUCAUUCGUGCCUCCAAUGGUCGAAAACGUAUUCAGCUAUGCGGGAUAUUUCACAGUCAAUAAAACACACAACUCAAAUCUCUUUUUCUGGUAUUUUCCCGCGGAGGACAACUUGGAUCGAGCCCCGGUGGUUGUGUGGUUGCAAGGUGGCCCAGGAGCUUCUUCGAUGUACGGCCUCUUUACCGAACAUGGGCCGUUAAGACUGAUCAACGGUGAAGUAAAACUCUAUGAACAUCGUUGGACAAAAUUUGCCCACAUGAUUUACAUUGACAACCCCGUCGGAACCGGUUUUAGUUUUACCGACAAAGAUGGUUAUUCCACUGAUGAAACAAUGGUGGGAAAUAAUCUACACGAGGCGAUCAGACAGUUUUUCCAGGUUUUUCCGGAUUUGAAGAAAAAUGACUUUUUCGUCACUGGAGAGUCAUAUGGGGGUAAAUACGUUCCUGCGAUGGCGUAUACGAUCCACGAAAAAAAUAAAUUAUCCCAUGAAAAACUCAACUUAAAAGGAUUCGCUAUUGGAAAUGGUCUAUGUGAUCCCAUAAAUAUGUUGAACUACGGAAAGCAUCUUAAUGAAUUAGGCUUGAUUGACUCUCCGACAAAAUUGAAAUUUGAAAGAAUCCAAAACAAGUUACGUGAGCAUAUUAAAAAAGAAGAAUAUGUUGAGGCUUUUGAGACAUUUGACACUCUGCUGAAUGGUGACUUGACACCCUACCCCUCGCUUUUUGCCAAUGUGACAGGAUUUUCUUUUUACUUCAAUUUCUUACACACCAAAGAUAAUUCUGAUGCAGAUUUGGGCAAGUUUUUCCAAAAAGACACUGUCCGCAAGAGCAUUCAUGUUGGAAACUUAACAUUCAACAGCGGGCGAGUAGUAGAGCAACACCUUGUCCAGGACGUCAUGAAAUCGAUUAAGCCCUGGUUUGAAGUCCUGAUCGAAAAGUACCGAGUACUGAUCUACAACGGUCAACUGGAUAUAAUUGUUGCAUAUCCUCUAACACUGGAUUUUCUCCAAACAGUCAAUUGGAGCGGAAGCCAGGCUUAUAAAAGAGCACAAAGGAAGAAAUGGUACGUGGACAGCGAACUGGCCGGCUACUAUAAAACAGUCAAGGGGUUUACUGAAGUAUUAGUCCGCAAUGCUGGCCACAUGGUUCCAUCUGAUCAACCUGUCUGGGCUUUUGACUUAAUGGAAAGAUUUUUGUACAAUAAACCAAUGUGAAAACAUUAAAA